AUGCUGAAGAAGCGCUACCAGCACUUUGCCGUCCAGGUGGCAAAACGCGUGAAGAAGCGUCUCAGAAGAAAGGAACGGGGCGAGCGAGCGCAGAUGCCGAUUCGGGGCAACGAGCUGGCUUUUCUUCAGAAAUCGCCCUCAUACUGUGAACGGAAUGAUACGCUCGGUAUCCUCGGCACUCUCGGCCGAGAAUGUGUCCAUCGCUCCCACAACGCUGACGACUGCGAUCUGCUGUGCUGUGGGAGAGGCUACAACACCCGCAGCGAGCGCAAGAAGACGCAAUGCCAGUGUAAAUUCGUCUGGUGUUGUCAGGUGAAAUGCAAAGAGUGCAUCGACGACGUCACCGUCCACACGUGCAAG